AUGAAGCUGAUUAACCUACUUGUUGCCGCUGCCGCGGCCGGCGGUGCAGUGGCGGCCCCGACCCACGAACACACGAAGCGGGCUUCUGUUUUCGAAUGGAUCGGAUCCAAUGAGUCGGGCGCCGAGUUCGGCACCGCCAUUCCGGGAACUUGGGGUAUCGACUACAUCUUCCCGGAUACCUCCGCCAUCGCGACUCUCGUCAGCAAGGGCAUGAACAUCUUCCGCGUGCAGUUCAUGAUGGAAAGAUUGGUCCCGAACUCGAUGACGGGGUCGUAUGACGAGGCAUACCUGAACAAUCUCACGACGGUGGUGAACUCAAUCACGGCUGCGGGCGUCCAUGCUAUCGUAGACCCUCACAACUAUGGACGAUACAACAACGAGAUCAUCUCCAGCACCGCGGACUUCCAGACCUUCUGGCAGAACCUCGCCGGGCAGUUCAAGGACAACGACCUGGUCAUCUUCGACACGAACAACGAAUACAACACCAUGGACCAAACCCUGGUGCUGGACCUCAACCAGGCGGCGAUCGACGGCAUCCGAGCCGCCGGCGCCACCUCCCAGUACAUCUUCGCGGAGGGCAACUCGUGGUCCGGGGCGUGGACCUGGGCGGAUAUCAACGACAACAUGAAGGCGCUGACCGACCCGCAGGACAAGCUCGUCUACGAGAUGCAUCAGUACCUGGACUCGGACGGCUCGGGGACGUCCGGCGUCUGCGUGUCGGAGACGAUCGGCGCGGAGCGCCUGCAGGCCGCCACGCAGUGGCUGAAGGACAACGGCAAGGUGGGCAUCCUGGGGGAGUACGCCGGCGGGGCCAACGAUGUCUGUCGCUCGGCCAUCGCGGGGAUGCUGGAGUACAUGGCCAACAACACGGACGUGUGGAAGGGCGCGGUCUGGUGGGCGGCUGGCCCGUGGUGGGCGGAUUACAUGUUCAGCAUGGAGCCGCCCAGCGGGCCGGCUUAUAGCGGGAUGCUGGACGUUCUGGAGCCGUAUCUGGGGUGA